AGUGAUUUAUGACCAGUAAACGAGGACAAAAUGAACGUCUUAAGCCCUAGCCACCGUUUCGAAUUCCGACUGACAACAACAACACUAUACAGGCUAUUCGACAUGGCGACUGCAGCGCCAACACUUGAGGCAUUAAUUCAGAAAUCUACCAAUCCUCUUAAUGUGGAAGAUGACCCCAAUGCUAUCCAAGCAGUAUGCCAUGCAGUUACAGGAGAACCAGGUGGCAUUCAGACUGCCGUCAGACUUAUUGCGCACAAGAUUCAGUCACCCCAAGAAAGAGAAGCUUUGCAGGCGCUUGCGGUUUUGCAGGCAUGUGUGAAUAACUGUGGUCCAGGAUUUCAUGCUGAAAUUGGAAAAUUUCGUUUUUUGAACGAAAUGAUUAAACUGGUUUCCCCUAAAUACCUUGGUAAUCACACGCAUGUGCUGGUUAAAACCAGGGUUGUUGAACUUCUUUUUACUUGGACAAUUGACCUCAAAGAUGAACCCAAAAUUCUAGAAGCCUAUAACAUGCUAAAAAAGCAAGGUGUAAUAAAGGAAGAUCCAAGUUAUAUAGGUGCUCCCAGCGUGCCAGAACCACGUUCCAGGACAAAUGCAGUGUUUGAAGAUGAGGAGAAGUCUUUGUUGUUGAAGAAACUCCUGAAAUCUAAGAAUCCUGAUGAUCUUCACAAGGCAAAUGCCUUGAUUAAAUCAAUGGUCAAAGAAGAUGAAAGAAGAAUGGAAAGGACUAGUCGUAGGAUAGUUGAGGUUGAAACAGCAAUGAAUAAUGUUAGAGUUUUGGAUGAAAUGCUCUCAAGGCACCAGGAGACCCCAGCAGGCCAGGCAGAUCUUGAUUUGAUGUCUGAAUUACAUUCUUCGUGUUCAACCCUAAGGUCAAACCUGUAUCGUUUAGUUUCUGAUAUGGAUGAUAAGGAAGAAGGAAUAGGUGACUUGCUAAAGGCAAAUGACGAGCUUUCUCGUGUCAUGGGCCGCUACAAAUUGAUAGUUGAAGGGACUCGCCUCGAGGGUGUAAAUUCUCACUCCUUCGACACAAAAGGAGCUGCUACUCCAAACGAGCAACAGAAGGAUGGGGAAAUACUUCUGGAUCUGUCAACACCUGAAGAGGCUCCAUCAAAUCAAGGGACAACUGAUUUAGUCAAUAAAGAUCUUGAAGAUAUUGGUAUAGGUAGCUUAAACCUAGGCCAAACCCUUCCUCCAAGCACAGCAAAUUCUAUUCCUUCAUCACAGUUACCUGGAGUAAAGAAUGCAUUGGAAGAUAGUAGUACAUCUGUUUUGGAUGACUUAGAAAGCAUAUUCCCUACACAGCCUCCUGCAGCUCCCCUAGGAGGCCUUUCGUUGGGGUCAGGAUUACAUACAGCCAUGGCACCUACUCUAGUGCCUGAAACAUUAUGUGGAUCUUCAAGUACAGGUAAUCAAGCAGACGAGGAAACUGAGGCACGCGUAGAUCCUCUGGAGGAUCUGGCUGCCCUUGGAACUUCUCUUAUAAAGCAAAACCUUCCUGCCAAUGUUCCCGUUCAGGUGCAGUUUAAACCUCAGGAAAAGAUGACUCUGAAUCAGAUGAAAGAGCAGAAUCUUAGUGCAAAUGCCAUUGGAAGUGUUUCUUCACUCAUUCAAAAUAAAAGUGCCCCUAUUAUACCCUCAAGUGCUCCCACAUCAACUCUAUCAGCGAGUCUUGAUAUUGUUAGAAACAGUGCACCUGCUGCAUCAUCAUCGCCAACCACUCUAGACCUUUUAAGUGGGGAUCUUAGUAUGUCGUUAUCAAGUGAAACAAAAGAUAGUACUUUACUAGGUAGCUCUGAUGAAAGCAUUCUAGAUGAGAAACCUCCAAGUGCACCAGUGAUAAAUGUUGAGACUAAAGAUGUAGCACAGCCAAAACCAGCAAAGAAUCCUCAGUUUAUGGAAGUUAAGCCAAUGAAUGAUAUAAAAGUAUCUCUCGACAGCAUAAAGCCAGGUAAACAAGCACCACUAACUGUCAUAGAAAGUAACGAUAUAACGAUGAAUCUUCACUUUACUGAAAAUCAACCAAGAGAUGACGUUUCGGUAGUCGUUGUGUCUACUAUGUCCCGAUGUAGUAUGCCAAUAUCAAAUUACGUUGUGCAAGCUGUUGUGCCUAAGGGAUGUAAAGUUCGCAUACAGCCACCAUCGUCAACAGAACUUGCAGCUUUUAGUCCUUUCCUGCCUCCCCCUGCAAUUACACAGAUUAUGCUCAUUGCUAAUCCCAAUAAGCUGAAUAUUUCCCUAAAAGUAAUGCUCAGUUAUACAAUGGAUGAAGAUCCCAUCACGGAAAUGGGAGAGAUUGCCAGUCUCCCACUAUAGGUGUUGCUUAGAUGACUAGUUUUUGUAUAGUAUUUUCAUAUUGUUAUGUAUGUCAUAGGCAAGGCUUUUUAGCCUGGUGUGAUGAGAGAGAGGAGAGGUACGAUUAUCAGUUUUGUUUCCUGGAGAAACAGACGCCUCAUCAAGGUUACCCUUGAUUUCCAGUUGUUUGCUCUCAAGUGUUAUUUGAAAUUGGAAUGAUUUAAGUUCAAAUUCACACCUCAGUCAGUCUGCAAUCAUGGCAGUUUUCAAUAUUUUUCAGAGAUCUGGUAUUGUUAAGUUUUGUGCACUCGUACAGAUUACAAACUAACUUACUUUUACUUAUGCAUGCUUGUUUGUUUACGAUGAACUCGCUAAGUGCUCGAUAGUUGUAAGAAAUAUCAGCUAGGCAAAAGGUAAGACUGUCCCCACUAAGGGGACUUCCCUUGUCUCAAUUGACGAUAAAAAGUAAGCAAUUACAAUAAGUGUUCUUUUGCCUUGGUGUAACCUUUACUUUUUCAUCUUAUUCAUUCUCAAGUCAUUGUUAUGUACUUUAUGAUCAUGUCAGAUGCCUUCUGAAUGCUAUGGAUAAGAGAUCUCUUCCUAGCCUCAUAAUUUUGAGGAUUGCUGAUGUAAACACUUGAGAAACCCCCAGACUAGAUGAAGCUUUUGUUUUCCUGAAGUAUGUAGGUAGGAUGUUCACAGCCUGUAUAAAAUGUUUUGUUUGCCAACUCCCAUCAAUGGCCUUCUCUUGCUAGAUUCAGCUUGUAUCAAGUAUAUUUUUCUUAGAGCUCUAAUAAAUUGGUUCAGUGAUCAGGUUAAACUACCUUCAUUAUUCUACAGCAAGAAAGAUAAUUGCAUCAUGGUAUGCUAGCAUAGGUAUUUCAGUCCCAUGGUUGAGGAAUGGAGACUUCAAGUUAAGUCAAUGGAUAAGAGAAUUGUGUAUGUAGACACUAACAUGUAGCUAACAUGAUUCCAUUUGGGACAAGUGGAGCUGAUGUUGGAGGUUCAACCUCUUUGCUUCUCCAGGACAGGAUAAAGCUGUUGCUGCUGGUAUGUCCAUUAUAUUUUCAACUGUAAGUUUGGAAGGUAUUGACACUGCUGUUAAGGUGCUUGAAUACAUUCAACUCUCUUAUAUGCUUGUUUACUGAAGUAAACUGCAUUCUAGUCUCUCUGGAUCUGGUGGUAGCUGUUCCCUUGAGUAGGAAGAGUGUACCUUCAUUAUUCAGAUGUACUUUGUACUGUUUAGGUGUCUAUUCAACCAUCAGCUGUGGUUCCAAGAAAUAAGCGGCAUUGGAAAUAGCUUGUCAUAUCACCAUUAUUAUUUAUAUACUGGUUGAUAAUUUUGUUAAAUAUGUUUUACCUCCUAAAUCCCUCUGCUGACUACAUGCUGACACAUAUGGACUAUUGGAUGAAAUACUGUAAAUGCUACAUGGUUAAAGGUUAACUCUCUUAGAUAUUCAUAGAUAUUCAUGAACAGUGAUAUUCAAGACUAGUUUUACCAAUUUGGAAUUUAGGGAAAGACUAAAACAUGCAAAUCAAACUGUGAGGAGCUGAAGAUGUGAAUAUCUAAAUGUAGAUGGAAAAUUGCAUGAGAAAUCAAGACAAUACGGUACAUUAGUUUGGUACAGGUACAGUCUAUAUUGUAUUGAUAAAGUGACAUAAAUCGUGGCAUGAUUUGGAAGCUUUAUGUAAAAGAUUUUGCUGUUUUGAGACUCAAGCUUUAAGAAGAAUAGUAGAAAUCAGAUGGAAGGAGAGUGAGAAAUGAUACAAUAAGUAAAGGAAAUUAAGAAAGUUCCACAUGUAGAUGAGAUAAAAGUAAAAGGGAGAUGGAGGUGACGAACACAUCUUUCACACCACCAAUUGGAGAGUUCUAAUGUGUCAACUGGACUCCUGUGGAUAUCAGAAGAGUUGGAAGACUUAGGCCUAACUGGAUGACAACCAUCAGAUGGGAGGUUUGCAGAAGGCUAAGGACAAGAAAAGGCUUCAUUGGCAGAAUUCACAGAGGCCCUUGACAUCACAAGAUGCAUUUGAGAUUCAUGGCUAUCAUACCUUAAGAGGCUACAUCAAGCAUGGGGUGAAAUCCUGACAAUGCCAAAAUGUUGGUGAAUGUAUGAGACCAAAAGUAUUGGAGCGCCUAGGUGUGAGAGAUAUGUAUUUCUGGUGAUAGAAGUUCACUCUCGACGUGGUUCGAAAGUCACGAAAAGCCGUUGGUCCUGUUGCUGAAUAACCACUGGUUCCAUGCAACGUAAAAACACCAUACAAACAAACAAAAGUAUUGGGACUUAGUGAAGGUCAAUCACAUUGCUUCACUUUUUACUUAUUAGGGAACUGAAGUCCAUCUUUAUCUUGGCACAGACAUGAGAGUAAACUCUUGUUUGCGACCACAGAGAACACUACCUGAGGUCUCUUUGGGUACUGUGAAGGAUUGAGAAGACAUUUCCAAGCGUCAUAGGAGUAAGGACACAAAUUCUGAGCAUAUAAGGAAAAGGAAUUAUGUUACUGCUAAUGUCACAGUCCAGUUAAAGACAAAAUGGUGCCAGGGAAAGAAAAACCAGUCUCUCACAUCAAACAACUACAGUUUUGUGAUUUGCUGAUUUUGCUUACUAAGGGAAGGAACUAGGCUGGUUUUUUAAUCUUCUGAUUAGUAGUACUUAGUUUGCACAUCCUAACUGAGCAUGUAGGUGUAAGUAAAAGUAAGAGGUUUGUAAUUAUGAAACAAAAAUGUUUUAAGAUUUAUACCCCACAAUUUUUUUUAUAAGUUAUACAUGUGUAUGAUUUAUAGAUGUUAAUCAAGGAAAUAUGUUUUACCUUGAUGUGGAGUCCAAUAUGUAAGCAGUAAUAAUCUAUGCAAAAGUUACCAUUAAGUUUUCACAAUUUAUAAAUUUGUCAUUCAGUGCAAUUUCUUAUAUUAUGUAAAGUAGGAAAUGAAUGUUUUAGAUUUUAUUUAUGAAAUUUAAGGGUAGUAUUUGUGUUGGUGAUUAACAUUUCAUUUUAUAAGGCUUACAAAAAAGUGAGAUGUAGUUGACGAAAAAUACAUUUCGGGGAUUCUGGAAUACUGGCAGAACUGGUUUUGAUGGAAAGGUAAGUUAUACUGCUUGACACUGCUUUUGCUUAAAUGUCACCUGUGGAUGACUGUUAACUUUGACUUCAUUGAUUUUAACAUUAAGCAUCACCUGCUGCUAGACUUGGGACUCCUUACAUGUUGUGAGCUAAGCAUUACACUUGCAGACAUUUCAGUAUCCAGACACACUUAGUGAUAAAAUGUUCAAAUGAGACAACACAAAGUCAUGUUAGCUCUUCAGGGACAGCUAACUUUAAGCUCUUGCUUUACUGUUUUCCUUGUUUUCAAAAGACAGAAUUUAAUUGCAGGGACAGUUGUCUGAUGGAGGUAAGUAGGUAUGUUAUUUAAACAUUGCUGUAAAGACAAAUUGCUUCAAGAAGUAGAAUGGUAAUUAAUUUGGGUUGAAAAGCUAUUGUAGUCAUGCUAUGGUGUGACGAUUGUUAUGCGGGAGUACUUUAUAGAAGUUCUCUUGUUCUUAACUUUUUUCAACUCAAACUUUUUGGGAAAAUGUGAGAGUAAUAGACUGGCUUAUUUGAGCUUUGGAGUGGCGAUAUAGUACUGUAUAUUGUUUAUCCCCUUCCCUGGAAAUUUUAUUGCGUCACCAAUAUAUUUUAAGAAGGUUUAUGGGAAAGUACUUCAUCAUUCCCUUUCAGAUUUUUUAUGAAGGAUAGGGCUGUGUUGCUGCUAUGUUCUUCCUGCCAGUAAUUUUUGUCUAUAGAUUUGGAGUGUUUGGUAAUGUAAAAGAUUUUAUGUAUGGCUCUGUGAUAGCUAAAUGCAGAUUUUUAUGCCUGGGGCAAAAUGCAAAUGAUUUAGUUAAAAUGUAGUUUAGUGUACGUAUUUGUAUUCAGUUUUAUAUAGGGUAAGUGUCAGAAGUGAUAUUUGGUUGAUAUAAGUGUCCAAAAUUAGUUACCAAUAUUUUGCUUUCAUUGCUUUAAACCCUUCAUACCUGACCUUCUAUAACCUAGGGAUGUUGUUUGAGAUCUUGACAAACUGUAAUCAUACUGAACAAGGAAUCAUACUGCUACUAUGAAAAAUUUUUCUUUGUGUUACCUAUCACAGUGGCAACAGUGACGGGGGAGAAUUCAAGAGUGAAGCAUAAUAAUUAGUAGAUGUUAGUUGUGUUUGAUGGGCAUGACACUUAGCAGUUCUGUCCAGUGGGAGAUAUACUAAAUAUUAGGUAAUGCCACACAGUGAACUUUGUGCACUGAAAGAGUCUGGCACAGAUUGAUAUUUAUUGUAGGUGCUGUAGUGUUAACAGAUUUUAUUUUUUCUUUCAUUUUUAUCUCUGUCUAUGUAUUUUCGUUUUCGUGGGUAAUUGUGAAAUGUCCAGUUGGGCUCUUGGUAUCUCCAGAAGUUUGUUUUUCUUUCCAGUGUAGAAUAUUACUGUGACAUUCCAGUUGCAUUAAAAUGAAAUGAGAAUAAUUUUAAAGUAUUUAAGGAGAGAGAUAGAUUUAUAUUAAAUGUUACAUUAAUUUAGCGUGUUGUGGAGACAGGGAGACAAUGUCAUAGUUGUGUAUUUUAUUGUAAUUUUUCAUUGUGAAAUAGAGCUGGUUUUGGUAAUUAAAUUUGCAGCACUCAACAAGAUUCCAUCUGUAUAAAGGUACAAGUAACCUUUGAGUUGAACUUGUAAUAUUACUGUCAAUUUGAUUUAUUUGGUGCUCUGCAUCUGAAGGCUGUGAACUCUUGAAAUUUCAUCUAAUCUGUAAGUGUUGUUAUACAAAAUUAGUUGCUAUGAAUAUGGGGGCAUUCCUAGAAGGCCAUUAACUAGUAUAGUGAGAUUCCUUUGAGUGGACAUAAUGGAAUGCCCAUUUUUGAAGUAAAUCGUUGGGAAGAAAAUAUGGUAAGGGUCAAGAAAAUUCAACAACAGAUUACAAGGUAAAUGGUAAAAAAAAAAAUAUUAAGGCACUGAUGCUUCGCAGAAUACACUAGUCUUUCAGCCUCAAUUAAACUUAAAAUCCUAGCAUCAUCAAUGCUUCCAGGGUGAACAUUCCAUAGUCUUGCAGUCAAAGGAAAAGAAACUUUUGAUACAGGACUGUAUAACAAUGCAACACCUAGAGUGUAUUGCAUUUGCCAGUUCAUAUUAUGCAGGCACUAAAGAUCCCAUUACAAAUGUCUUGUUGAACUUGUAGAGGAUGGUUGAAGAGGACAUCUUUAAGCAGCAGUAAAUCAUUGUUAGCAUUUUUGGGAGGAGGAAAGCACCACUUCAGGAAAUCUAUUCUACAUCUCCAAUACUAUCUUGGAAAACUGCUGAUGACAAGCACUGAAUUCAGUUAAUAACAGACAAAGAUUUGAAGCAUGUGGCACUUAAACCCUUGUUUUUGUCGAUGCAGGAAGCCAUAUGUCAGAAUUCAUUGUUAUUUUUGUUUUGAGAAGAGAUCUUUUUCACAACCCUAAUUUGAACAUCAGCUGGAAGUUGAUUUGAAAUCAUUCCUAAUAACUGAAAAGACGUAAAGGGUCCGGAACUGAAAGUAGAAGAAUUUUAAGGCCCUCUCAUGCCUGUAAUGUCUGCCUUUGCUUUUUUCCUCACAUAGAUUCUUAUAAUUCUCUGUAAGGUCCUUUGAGAAUUUUCAACCUGUUACAAAUUGGGUGGUGCCCAUAACUGAUUUUUAGAUAUAGUGCUUUAAAUUGUCGAUCCGAAACUAUAAUCUCUAAAGUAUAUGUUUCUUUCUCCUGUUUUACCGAGUUUGUCCUCAAUAGCUCUUAGUUUGGCAUUUCUUUACUUUGGCCACCUGGUGAAGAAGGAAGUAACCACAGGUAUCAUUCCUCUUUUCCUACUCUUGCCUGUGACUGUUUUUAGUGUGCUAGGAAGUGUUGCAAUUUUAAUUUGAAGUACGUAGUAUGCUUUCUUUUACUAGAGGAACUUUGAAAUCUAGAUACACAUACGUAUUGUCUUUCACUGGAAAAGUAUUUGAUCCUUUUCUAAUGAGACCAUCUUUUUUAUACACCUAUUUUCUUGGUGGUUUUAUAACUCAUUCCCUAAUGAGAAGCUUUCUCUCUCUCUCUCUCUCUCUGCAUGGAACAGACUACAGGCAGUCCCCACAAUUUUUCAGCGCCAUAAGUGGAUUUAUGGCACCAUGACCUGCUUUAUGGCGCUGUAACCCAGACUUACGGCACUGUAACAUUGCUGUAAGUGCUGUUUAUUCCCAUUAUCAUUAUGAGGAUUCAGGUUAAGGCGGUUUUUGGCUUACAGCACCCAGCCGGGAACGGAACCCCUGCCAGAACUUGGGGGACUGCCUGUACCGGGGUUAGGUUGUGAUCAUACUGCUACCAACUAAUUCAGGUAUAGAGAAAAUAAGAGUGAGUGACACUUAUGACAUAUUUAUUUUUCUUUUGUAAAAGUUACUUUUGAUUGACUCAGUAGGUUUUUAGAUACAUUUAUUCUUGUAACAAAAUAUCUAUGUCAGAUUGUUCAUCAGUGAUUCAAGGCAAAAUUGUUAGUUAACUGAUUUCUUUGUUUUUUCUUUAUUUUUGCUCAUUUAUCAAGCUGUCUAGCUGUUUCUUCACCUACUGCCAUUCCUUGCAAGCUAUUAAAGUUUAGAAAAUUUUGCCUAUUGUAUUGACACUUUUUUGGGUAACAAUUUUUGCUUUUCCAAGACUAUCCCUACAGUGUACUACAGUGUUUUGUAAUAUUUAGCCUUUAAUCUACGAGACUGGAGAAUUCCUUAUCAUCACUUAUAUAUUUAACUCAUUUUAGUCAGGGAAAGGAGUUAUUUCAUCGAUAAGCUUGGGUACUAAAUUUACACUGUUUAGAUUUGAUUUAAUUUUGUAUUUCUAAGUAUUUUUCUCUCCCUAUUUUAAUUUCUUCAAGAUUCUAGGCUCAUGAUUUUCUUCAGUUCCCUAGACUGUAACCGAUGUGUACACACUAAUGAUUUGUCCCUUAUAUCUGUUUUUUCAUGAACUUUAACCUUUAUGAAUUUUUAAUUAAUUUUAUAAUGCCAUUUUCCUGAUCUAAUCCUAUAUUCUAUUCUAUCAAUUCUGAUCUUGAGAGCACAUGGGAAAUUGGAACUGUGAUUUAAAGUUCAACACCUCCAGGACCCAGAUCCUUUUUGUGUGUCUGUCUGCUUUCCAUUCCAGUUUCUAUACCUCUUUGAAACCAAGUAAUUAGGAUGUUUUUGAUUACUUCAGAUUUGUUUGGGAGAGAUCACAUUAUUCUUGUGAUAUUUUAGCAAGCUUUUGAAACAUUGUUCUCCCCCAUCCUUACCAUAAAUAAUAUUUUCUAGCCAUACCUAUCUGGGAUGUUGCUCUUUUGUUUUUUCCUUUGUUUUGUUCUUUGCUGUUCUGACGGGGACCCAUGUAAUUAGCAACCAGACCUUACUUCUUCCCUAGAUUUUUCUCUUAAUUGAAAGUAGUCAUACUUUCAUUUCUGUAGAGAUGAAAAGGAAAGUUUCUUGGUAAUGAGCAUUCUCACAUUUGUCUUCUUCUUCCCAGGUUUAUCCAUAUUCAGGGUCGCAUUCUCUCAUUUGUGAAGCUAUGGAAUUCUCUUCUGGUUUUUUUUCUUUUCAUCUCUUUCAAAAAGCAUGUGUGAAUUAACACAUGCUUCCAUAGCUAUGUGGAUUGAGACCAUUUCUUUCACCAUGUGAUUCUUACAUGCUACUGUUGGGGUAAGGGCUUUUACAUUGACCAUCUCACUGACCUUUUAGGAAGGUAAAAAAAGUUAUUGCAUAUAUAGGAAGGUAUUAUCUAUUUCAGUAUUAUAUAGUUUAUUUAUUUUUUAAUGAUUAAAACAAAUUUUGUUCAUGAAACUUACCUGACAGAUAUAUAUAUAGCUGUAUUCUCCGAAGUCCGACAGAAUUUCAAAAUUCGCGGCACACGCAGUGGGCGGCCAGGUGGUGGUACCCAUUCCCGCCGCUGGGAGGCGGAUAUCAGGAACUAUUCCCAUUUUCUAUUCAUAUUUUUUCUGUCGCCGGUCGGUAAACAACUGUUUACAGACCUCCGCCUAGGAUUUUGAAACUUCAUUAGCCGCUUAAGUAUCCUAAUUAUUCUUACGAUUAUUGACUUGGAUUUGUGGCUAGGCAUACGCUAUCGUAAAUUUUUCAUUGCAUUUGAUGUCUGAGGCUAGUUAGCCUAGUUUCAGAUUUUGUUGUCUGCAUGGGGGAUGGUGAAGCUACCGGAACUUUCGGUAGACACUCGCUUAGUGUAUAUGGCGUUUACUUGUUUUCUUUGCAUAAGUUCAAUGUAAUUAGUGUAAUGUGUGACUGAUUACGGAAGAAGUAGGAUUCAUGUACGCAUUUUAGAGCGUGUUAGAAUCAGGAGUUUUCCUCCACAGUAAACAGAAGUUAGAAAUAAUGAACCUUCUAACCUCCUGUAGAUUUUAUUUUGCCUAACCCUGUGGUAUGGCUUACGGGCCUAGAAGAAGUGUCUGCUAGAGGAUUACAUCAAGUAAUCUUAGACUAAAGUGCUCGCUCUCCAAUCAGUGUUGUGAAGUGUAGUGCCCCUUGUGUUGUGGAGGGGGCGUCAGA